UGGCGAGAGUGAGGCGAAUGAAAGAGCAAGAGGCGAAGCGGGAAGGAAGGUGUUCUAGUCGCUGUUUGCUUAGUUAGAACGAAAAGGGUUUUGUUUGUUUGUUUGAGCCGCCGGAGUGUACACACAUUGCAUAGUUGUGUUGGUCUGCUGCAGUAGCAACAGCUAAGAACAAAACCACGUUGUAGGCGCCUGAGCAUCACUAAAAAAAGUUUAUUGAUGGACUGAAGUCCACUGAGGUGCGAUGAAGGCAUAGGAAGUCAGAGAUGUGUAGUUGUUGCGCAAGGCACAGGUGAGUUAUAAUGGAGAAUUUCUAGAUAGUACGAGUUUAUAAAAAGGAAAAUGGGUGACUAUACAGAGGCUAAGGUGAAAAUACCUUUCGGAAACAAAUCUCUGGAUGCUGUUUUUUCCAUCCCUGACAAAAAACUACCAUAUGCUGUGAUUCUUACUCAUGGAGCUUCUGGCGAUAUGAAUUUUUCUCAUCUGACAUCAUUGGCAAAUUAUCUUGUCUCUCAUGGAGUUCUUUGCCUUAGGUUUACCUGCAAAGGCCUUAACAUUACCUAUCGAACUAAAGCAUAUAAGACAGUUCUGGAAUAUUUAAGAUCAUCUAAUGACUAUGCACUUUCAGGUGUUUUUCUUGCAGGCCGUUCAAUGGGUUCCCGCGCUGCAGCUUCUGUGACACAUCAAGCUGAUCAAGACAAUGAUAGCUUCGUUCAGGGUCUGAUAUGCCUUUCUUAUCCACUGCACCGACCAAAGCUUCAGUCCAAACUUCGAGAUGAAGAUUUGUUUUUGAUCAAGUCCCCUGUGCUUUUUGUGUCUGGCAGUGCAGACGAGAUGUGUGAUAAAAAACUGCUGGAAGAAGUUGCAAUCAAAAUGAAAGCACCUCAGAAAAUCCAUUGGAUUGAAAAUGCAAACCAUGGCAUGGCUGUUAAAGGACGAACAACAGAGGAUGUCCUGUUGGAAAUAAACAUGCAGGUUUUGUCUUGGAUCAAAGAAGUAAUUGCUUAAGAAUAUUUACUAUAAUGCAACAUAUGCCCAAUGACAUUCUAUAUAGGUGAAUGACUAAUAGGACCUUUUAUUUAUUUAUUUAUUUAUUUUGAACAGGAGUAAAAAUUUUCUUCAACCCAUACAUAUGUUGACAAAUAACAAACCUGUCUUCCAUGAUUCUGUUGUAAUGGUGCAUACUUUUUUGCCUUAGAUAGUGCCUAUUUCUGUACUGAAUAGUUAAUGUUCCAUACUGAAAGAAAUUCUGCUUUGAAUUUUUACUAAAGAUUUCCUAGUGUUCAUAUUUUAUGCAUUUAACUUCAUGCAGAAUAGUUUAUUUUUUUGCAAAAACAAGGUGAAAUUCCAAUUGUAUUUUCAUGCUUUCCCACAAAAAUGCAGAUUUGUAAAAAAUAAAACUUACAUCAUUGUAUGCUUUUAUUUUUUAAUGCUUUCUAAAUGUAGAUUGUCAUGUGAUAUUAAAGAAACAAUUGUAGGUAAGGUUCAGAGUUACACUGCCCUUCAUGGCUAAGUGAUUUCUUUCUUGGGCUUUUUUGGUUUUUAUUUUCCUGUAUCUGGCAUACUUCUACCACAUUGUUCUUUGAAAAAUAAAGAAGUAAGACAGUGUUACUUAAAUGUCUCUCAGAA